AUGUGUUCCGAAUCCAUGCCUCAAUCCUGGGUCUUUACUCUUCUCGCAUGUUCUCUCGCCCUAGCUACAGCAACACGUUUCAACGUCACUCAAUAUGCAAAACGUCAGAACGAUGGGUGCACAGAUCCUGAAUUUACGGCAGAACGUUUCAUUUCUUCGGGAGCAAACGAUCUCCUCCAGAAAUCUGUGGAUGUUGUAGGGGCUCUGGACUCCGAAUUCCCGAGGAAACUUGUCAGGGCUCUUACGGGACAAGAUAAUUUCGAUUGUAGAUCAUUCAAUGACCAAUGCAUCGUACCAAAAGGCUCAAGCGGAAAUAUUUGUGAUACAAUUAUUCGAGGGGAUCUGGUUCCUGAUAUCACUUCUAAAGACCAAGUUGAUGCUGCCGUGCUGGUUAUCCAGUCUUACAAAAACAUGCAUGAUUUUCUCAGCACCUCUUCAAGUGCAGUACAAACUGCUGCGGACGAAGUGCUAACUUCUGGCUUCCUUGGAGUCAUGAGAGAGGACACAAGGCCGGUGGAUUUAGCUUUCAAUCAGGUUAUCCUCAAGGUAGUUGAGAUUGGAAUUUCAUUCAUACCCAUUGGUGGGAUACAAACUGUGUUAGCCAAAGCAGCAGUCAAGACAUUCAAAAAACUAGCAGAGCGAGUUGUACGAGCUGAUAGAGAAAGCCAGCAGAUAGAUGUACCGAGUACUGAGCAACUAGAAGCACAACUUCUAGCUCUUGUUCCGUUAUUCCAGGAUGGCAUCCACGAUCAGAACACCCAGAUUUUUUCCGAGGGAAACGAUGGUGAUGCUACUCUAAACAGCCAAUUCCUCUGGAACCAAGACGGAGUACAGAUCGAAAACAAAAUGACUCGAGAUGAUAUAAAUGCUAAUAUGAUCCAGAGCAUGAAGAAUUACAUGCUUGCAAGCUUCACUGGGAGCCUUGGUGCUUUCAUCAUGACGACCCCGGGUGAUGUGGCAGGUGGUAUUGCUCUCUGUGGUCAACAACCCUUUCAACUGAAGGCGGGAGGUAAUACUUGCCACCAAUGGUUCUAUCCAACGAAAAAUCUCGCUGGCAGUUUCGAUGAUGGCAGUGCAAAUACAAUGAAAAAUCUAGAGGGCUUUACCGGCAACCCCAUCUACGGUGUCGGCUUCAAUGAGAUGAUUAACAAUGCCAUACAAUGUGCAGAUCAGGGGGGAAAUUUCUCCAGCAUCAACCUGGAGUCAUUCUUCGAAGGGGAUCGAACGGUCCCAACUUGUCUAUUUGGUUAUCCUCGGAUAGUUAAUUGA